AUGUCUUCCGCCAUGCAUUCCACAUCCGUUGCCGUCAUCGAAAAACCAGUUGGUGCCAAUAUCCUGAAGGACUCGUCUAUCGCAUCCGUUUGUCAGGCCACUAUCGGUCGAUUUAUCGACGAGGCCAAAAUCACCUUCCCCGAAUACACUCGUGACCUUGAGCUUGAGGCCCGGGUGAAGGAAAUCAUUCACUCAUGGGGAAACGAGCAACACCUUCGCCACUACGUGAUCACCGCUCUCAUCCUCACCGUCACGGCAUACAGCCAUAUCACGAACAUGGACACGAAGGUACUAAUCACACUGUUCACGACGAUCAUUAUCGCGAUGGACGAUCCCGCCGUGCUGGACUCGCUCUCAUUCCGCGACUUCCACCAAAAAAUGUGCACGGGUGCCGUGCAGCAGGACACUGGUAUGCUAGGCGAGUUCACGCAGCUCCUUAAGCAGAUGUGGGACCACUAUUCCGCAUUCUCCGCCAACUCCAUCUACGCCUCCGCGCUUCGAUUUGUGAACGCGUCCAUCCUGGAGAACGACGCGGCAACGGUCACGUUGAGGAAAGACGCGCUGCCGUUCGUCGAGUACAAGCGGAGCAUGACCGCGACUACCGAAGCGUAUGCUUGUUUCGUCUGGGAGAAGUCCAGGUUUCCGGACAUCAAGGAAUACAUGCAAGCCAUCCCCGACGUCAUGCUCUAUGUGAGCUACGUAAACGAUAUCCUCUCGUUCUAUAAGGAAGAGCUCGCAGGCGAGACCGGCACUUACAUACACGAGCGUGCAGCCAUCUGUGGAAAGUCUGCUGCAGAGACACUGAAUGACGUUAUCGACGACACCCUGGUUGCAAUAGCGCGAGCCCGCGCGACCCUCGGAGAGGGGCCAGCCAGGGACGCGUUUGAAAAUUUUGCAGCAGGAUAUAUCAGGGUGCACACCGGAAACCCUCGAUAUCGGCUCAAGGAUAUACUUGGAGGAGAGUAUAUGAUGAGUAUUAGCAACUACUAG